AUGCUUGCACAGGCAUGCUGCACAUGCUACCUCAACAGCCUCGACGGUGACUUUGUGUACGAUGAUGGAGCAGCGAUCACAAAGAAUGGCGACGUUACGGGGAACUCGAGCAAGGUAAGCAUGGAGGGGGAGCAGGAGCAGGAGCAGGAGCGGGAGCAGGAGCAGGAGCAGGAAGAGGUGGUGGUGGAGUUUGACGUGUCGCCUUCGGAGGUGUGGGAUCUGUUUCUUCAUGACUUCUGGGGUCAAGAACUGCAGAGUAACGAGUCGCACAAGUCUUAUCGACCAUUCACUACAGAUGAUGGAGAUGAUGAUCAUGACGGAGAUGAUCAUGAUCAUGAUCAUAACGAUGACGAUGACGAUGACGAUGUUGAUGAUGAUGGAGGUGUUGGAGUUGAAGAUGACUGUAUUGACGUGGAGGAGGUCGGAAGGCGAUUCAAUGUCAUGAACUUGACCAGAGAUCUGAUGCAUUUUCGAUGUCUCGAUGAUGAAAUCCUGACCUUCCGAUGGAACGUUCUUCUCUUCGGGAAAUCCGCAAAGUCUUUCCACCUGAUCAACCUGUUCUGCCAUGCGCUGGUCAGCGCGCUGGUAGGAAUGCUGUGUUUUCACGUCCUCGGCGCGACGGAUCAAGGAAGCGGCGCGGAGACGUUGGAGAGGAGAAAGAUGAUUGCUUCGGGGUGA